CGAUCACCGACAGUACAUGUCCUCCUCGUCCUCUCCGUCUCCGCAAUCUUCCUCUGUUGGCUCUCCCGGGCCUGGCGUAUUACACGAGCCGCUCGUUGCUCCGGUGAAGAAACGAAGGAUACAACGCGCUUGCGAUGCAUGUCGGGUCAAACGAACUGCAUGCAAUGGGCUGCGAACCGAUAACCGCCAAUGCUCUAGCUGCGUCGAGGAGGGUAUUCUCUGUGUGUACUCCGGCGCGUCGACAUCAACCCCGGCGCGUCGCGUGAAAUGCACGAGCCGUGAGCAGCUUGGCCUUACUUCCAUUCGUAGCUACACCGAAAUCCUGGAGGCGAGGUUAGCCGCGGCUGAGAAGCAGAUACGUAGGGCACGUGUUUUCCGAUACAGCUCCUCCGAUUCUUCCCCCUCAACCCCUCUCUUGCAGCUCACAAAGGAGAAACACCGCACCCCAAGUCAAUCAGUCGACGAGCACGGCCCCUCGCCGGGACCCGGAGUUGAGACUGCCACGCUGAGCAUCCGCGCUGUGGACAGCCCGUCGACAGAGGACACAUCGGAUUAUGCCGAGAUGGUGCGGCAGAUGACGGAACUGCGCGUGAGCGAGCCCCAUUUGAGUCGCUUCUUGGGCAAGUCAAGCCCGGGUGCGCUGAUCAAAGAUACUGUGCGGCUGAAAGAGGGGGUACCGCUGGGGCCGAGAGCGUGGCCGGAUGCGAGUCGAAAGCGGGCACAGUUCUGGACCCUCGAGUCGUGGACGACCGCUUCGCGACCCAAGCCGACAUACGUCUUCCCACCUCAAGAUCUCCUCUACUCACUGAUCACGCUUUAUUUCGAGCAUGCGAACCUAUUCCUCCCGCUCCUCCACCGACCCUCAUUCGAGCGCGAUGUCUCUCGCGGAUCACAUUUGCUGGACGAUCAGCUCGGUGCGAUUGUUUUACUCGUCUGCGCGAUCGGGUCCCGAUUCUCACACGACCCGCGGGUCCAUAACGAAUCGACGCCGCUGAACAGCGGACGAAUGUUCAGCGACCAGGUGGAUUUAGAUUUGGACGUGAUGACUAGGAAGGAGACGAUGAAUCUGCUUGACUUGCAACGAUUUUGUCUUGCAAUCGAAUACAACGAGUGCGCAUCGAGACAAAUGAACUGGGCACUCGUUGGCAUAGGCAUUCGUGCUGCAGUGGAGCUCGGGCUGCACCGCCGCCAGGACGAGCGGCGGCAUACGGUCGCAUCAGAACUCUAUCGCAGGGCGUUCUGGGUGCUGGUUUAUUACGACCGCCUGCUUAGCUGCACGCUGGGACGGCCGUCAGCGUUGCAGGGCGAGGACUUUGAUGUACAGCUCCCGACAGAAUGUGACGACGAAUACUGGGAGCAGGAUGGUGUACCACUGUUUCAGCAACCGCCCGGAAAGCCGUCGGCCGUCUCGUAUUUCACAUCAACGAUCAAGUUGACCAGCGUCCUCGCAUUCAGUCUUAAGCUCCUCUACGCUCUGGACAAAACAAAGGCCAUCUACUCUGUCCGUGAUCCGGCGUGGGAGGAACAUCUCGUCGUCGAGUUGGACUCCGCCCUAAACAAGUGGUUCAGCUUACUCCCAGAUCACUUGCGAUGGAAUCCACACGGCGCAUCCGAGGCGUUCUUCAGGCAAUCCGUUGCCCUCCAUUGUCACUAUCACUUUGUCCAGAUGAUAACACACCGUCCAUUUCUGCCGAUUUUGCGGAUGGAUCCACCCACGAACCUGCCUUCACUUGCAAUCUGCACGAACGCAGCCCGCGCCUGCGUCCGUGUCGCUGAUGCGUGGCUGAACCGAUGUCCAGAAUCGCCGAUAGUUUACAUCAUCAAUCCUCUCUGCAUGGCUGCCAUCAUGCUCAUCAUCACGACUAUUUCGAAUCGAAGCACCGUCGCAGACGCAUCCCGGGCCGGCGUUGAUAUUCCGGAAGUCGACAGGGUUUCGCGCAUAAUCGCGACUAUGGAGACGCGCUGGCAGCUUGCAGGACUGCUCCGUGACACUUUGGCCGAGCUUAUCAGCGCCAGGAAUGACCUACCCGCAGACCACGCGUCGUGUGCGCUUUCUGAAUCGCUCUCGUCUUGGGACGGGAUGUUUCAACAUCAACACUGGAGCGCUUCAACGGUCCUCUCGCCGUCGCCGAGUCAUUCUUAUCCUUGCUUGAACGGUACUGCCACGCCGCCAAUCAGCGGGAUGGGCGUCGGCUUGUCGCAUCGAUCCGCAGGAGAAGAAAUCUGGCCCAAUCAGAGGGAUCAUGAGUCUUCUCAUCCCCAGAAUGCCGGAUGGAGUGAUUUGGAAGCAUAUAUAGCGUAUAUGAAUGGUGUAACCCUCGUUCAUUGCCUUGCCAACGGGAUCCCGUACCGAUUCUUAACCCCAUUCCCUGUUGCGCGAUCUCUUUCGUUCCUUUCGCUCUCUCUCCCUUCCUUCCUUGCUCCGGUAGCAACUUCUCUUCUUUCUCUCUCUCUGUUCACACUCGGCCUGGCUUCGGUAGCUGUGGCCACCGUACUGCUCGCUAUAGUCGCGCUCGACGUCCCGUACUUCAAAUCCGUCUACUUCCUCCGCAUCGACCUCGGGAACGGGACCGUCACCGCCAGCGCUGCAGCCAACCAGACAAAUGCUUUCGUCGAUCUGGGCGUAUUGGGAUUUUGCACGGACUUGAGGGACGGAAGUGGCUUGCAGUGCUCUUCACCGCAGAUCGGAUAUUCCCUCUCGUCUGCGUCCAAGUUCAUCAACGGGACUCUUCCUCCGGCGCUUACGUCGCGCGUCAACGCUGUCGCAUCGUCUCUGACCAAGGUUCUCGUCUUGCACGUCGCCGCUUUCGGCAUCGCGCUCGUCUCCUUCGCAUUCGCCCUCCUCUCCUUCUUCGGCGCGCCCAUCGCCGACUGCUGCUCGUCGUGUUUCUGCGGCUUUGCAAGCGCCGCGGCCUUUGCUGUGUUUGUGUUCGACAUCGCGUUCUUUGAGCUCGUCAAGAAGCGCGUCCAGGCUGAGGCUAAUGCGGGUGCGGCAGUACUGGGAAACGCGCUCUAUCUCACGCUGUUUGCGUGGUUGUUGUUGAUGAUAACGCCGAUUCUGUUCUUGAUUGGACGGUGCUGUGGAUGCUGUAUGCCCGACAUUAGUGACAAGCGGCACAAGUACUAGAGUAAUUAGGGUUUUACAAAGGAGUAUAUUACGAGUGGGGAAAUGUUCCGAUACCUAUUUAAAAAUCUUCCAAUUUAUCCUUCA